GCAAAGGAAGGUGGGAUGCCCUGGGCACCCAGGCACCUGGGCACCAUCCAGGCCACACGUGGGACUUGACACAUAGGCAAGCAUGACACACGGGAGCUUGGCACACAUGUCAGCCUGCCACAGGCAGGGUAGCCACUGGAGCUGGCCCUUUUCACACCUCCUUGUCUCCCUACUGAAUCUGCUUGUCUAGGUUGGUAUCCUGACCAAAGUAACCAGGCCACAGCCUUGGCACUCUUCCUCCUGUUUCUGGGACUCUGCAGGCUCCUGGCAUCCCUCCCCUUCCCUGGCCUAUUGUGUAAGACCCUGUUCCUUAGUCUGUCCUUGAUUCAUCCCUUUCUUAAAGAGGCCACCAACAGACCCAUAGUGUAGGGCCAAUAUCAACAGCAUGACUUGCUGGCUGAUGCAGGGUGAGAGCCCCUGUCCUAUGUCUAUCCUGUUCAGUCCUGGAUCCUGAUCCCUGGCUCUCUCCUUCUUCCCUGUCAGGGCUAGAUCCAAGUCCAUGUCCACUUGACCAAUCCAUCAGCUGACGAAAGUUUAAACAGAACUGUUCGCACCACACCCUGUUCCUUCUUAGCAGCAACACAACCCUUGCUCCACAUCCUGCUGCUCUCCAUCCCUGUGUCUUGCCUGGGGUUAGAUCUCAGCUGUGUACUUAUUUAGCUGACCCCUCGGGGUUCUCAAGCCUGGAUAGGACCUGGCCUCUCUGUUAAGGCCCUGCCAGCUUCCUCAUGUUUCUAGGAAGUCCUAGAAGCCACAUACCCAGAAGCCCCAGUCCUGUCCCUUGCAGAUGCCCAAAGACAGGAGUGCCUUUGUGCUCCAGGGCCAUAUGCUCCCUCAUUUGGGUCUCUGCUCUAAUGUGCCCCCCACUGCAGUCUGGAGAGUCAGGACCGGCUUGUUGCACCAUAGUUCUCCCAGCAGUUCCUGGACAGGAUGGUGCUGCGCUGGCAGGGGCAGUCUGCCCACAGGCACACCAAGAUGAAGACAGCUACCAAUAUUUACAUCUUUAAUCUGGCCCUGGCAGAUACUCUGGUCCUGCUCACACUGCCCUUCCAGGGCACAGAUAUCCUGCUGGGCUUCUGGCCAUUUGGGAAUGCUCUGUGCAAGACAGUCAUUGCUAUAGACUAUUACAACAUGUUUACCAGCACCUUCACGCUAACCGCCAUGAGUGUGGACCGCUAUGUAGCCAUCUGCCACCCAAUCCGUGCUCUUGACGUCCGGACAUCCAGCAAAGCCCAAGCUGUCAACGUGGCCAUCUGGGCCCUGGCCUCUGUGGUUGGUGUUCCCGUUGCCAUCAUGGGCUCAGCACAGGUGGAGGAUGAAGAAAUCGAGUGUCUGGUGGAGAUCCCGGCCCCUCAGGACUACUGGGGUCCUGUGUUUGCUGUUUGCAUCUUCCUCUUCUCCUUUAUUAUUCCUGUCCUCAUCAUUUCUGUCUGCUAUAGCCUCAUGAUCCGGCGGCUCCGUGGUGUCCGCCUGCUCUCAGGCUCUCGAGAGAAGGAUCGGAACCUGCGGCGCAUCACACGGCUGGUGCUCGUGGUGGUGGCUGUGUUCGUGGGCUGCUGGACACCUGUGCAGGUCUUUGUUCUGGUCCAAGGUCUGGGUGUUCAGCCAGGCAGCGAGACCACUGUGGCCAUUCUGCGCUUCUGCACAGCCCUGGGAUAUGUCAACAGCUGUCUCAACCCCAUUCUCUACGCCUUCUUGGAUGAGAACUUCAAGGCCUGCUUCCGAAAGUUCUGCUGUGCAUCUGCCCUGCACCGGGAGAUGCAGGUGUCUGACCGUGUGCGCAGCAUUGCCAAGGAUGUGGCCCUUGGCUGUAAGACCACUGAGACAGUACCACGGCCCGCAUGACUAGGCGUGGACCUGCCCAUGGUGCCUGUCAGCCCGCAGAGCCCGUCUACUCCGAACACGGAGCUCACACAAGUCACUGCUCUUUAGACUGACACCUGAGCUUGAGCUUCUGAAGCCUUGGAUAGUUUUCCACUUGGCCCAGGGAUACUCAGUUCUGGAGGAGGACCUUGUGCACCAUGGGACAGGUCAAAGCAUUAGGGCUGCCUGUGUGGCCUCUGUAGGACUAAAGCUGCCGCCCUGAGUCAAGGGCAGAGAGGGUGUAAGAACACUGCCUGGAAGCACCCAUUGCAGUCUCUGUGCACUCAGUGGAUGCACCUGCCUGGGGCCUGCAUUCACACUGCUUCACCUGACUUCUGCAUCUUCUAUCCCAGCCAGCUGAGCUUUGCACUUUCAGUGGCUCCUGCCAGAGGUGUAACGGCAGCUGUGCAGCUGUGUGUACAGUCUGUGCUGCAUGUGGUCUGCAUGGCAGGGCACCAGCUGCCCUCAGCUUUGCAUGUCUCCGUAGGGCAGCCAGACAGGCUAUGCUCACUGUCCAGGAGCAUAGUGGGCAGCAUUUCUUUGGGGGCAGCACUGUCCCUGAGCUGGAGCUGCCCCCUAGAGCACCUGCUUGUUCCGACUUUACCUGUGCAGCCAGGGAUACCCUACUAAGGUUACACAUAGUCCCCAGCUGAGGCCACAGGUGGGUCCUGGGCCCAAUGCUUUCUGAAAGUUCUGUUUCUUCUGCAUCAUGUAGCCUGUGGAUGUGGACCUGCCACUCAGCUGCUGCCUGUUUUGCCUGACCUUGGCUCUGCCCUGGGCCUGACUUCGUCCCUUCAGGAACCCACAGGAUGCUCGGCCCCUGGAGCCUGUAAUCCCCGGAAGUGUGAAGAACUAUCAUGCAUAGACCAUGUAGUGAGCUCUGGUUCUUGAGAAGCAGAGGGUGCCUGAGGAGGAAGGUGCCAGGUGACCACCUUAGGUUGCUCUGUUGCUCACAAAACAGAAGCUUCGUGUGCCUGCUUGUUCAGGGCAGGGUAGGGGAACAUGAUUUCUCCAGAAGUUCUCAUGAUCUCCCAGAGCCUCACUCUCUCAGAGCCUCUCUCGUCUCUGUUCUGCUUGAAGCCAGGGGGCAACAGUGAUACAGCCGGAAGACCUGGUAUCUUGGGAAAGGUGGCAGUGGAGAUGUGUUCUUUUCAUACUCCCAGUGACUGUCUACUUCAUUUGCCAGCCUCUGGGUAAGGCCUGAGCUUGCUCCCAAAUCAGAGGUUGGCUUUACGUGCCCAGCUGGUGUGAGAGGUGGAGUUUGGCAAGGCUUACUUGAGCCAAGCUGCAAAGACUCUGUACCUUGGGGACUCCCUGCUGUGGUCACCUAGAAAAUCAUCACAGCUUUGCAAAUGCUCUUCCUGCAGAUGAACUAUUGAAGUACCUGCAACAUUGGAAAGACUAUUUUUCCACUGCAGUCUUGGUCAGGGGACCUCAAGAGACAUGGACCUGAGUCAGGCUUCCAUCUCAGAGCCCUGGCCACAGGGUUUAUGCCUGAGGAGGGUGGGAUGCUCUCUGUGAUGGCUGUGGCAGAAGCAGCCUAGCUGCAGUGUUUUUUUGCCAAGAGUGAAAACUUUGUGAAUUUGUGCUGGUAUAACAUGUCUAUUUAUAUAUUUAUGCAUGUGAUGCGUGUCAUUUCCCAUGCAUGUAGCCAGUCCUGAACCUGUUUCUUGGGUGAUGAAGGAGGACCAUAAUAAACACUUGCUGACUCA